CUGAAGCUUUAUUGAAUAGCAACACCCCAGUGGAUGUACCAAAGAUAAAGCCUUUAAAUCCGUUUUAAUACAGCUUUUCUUAUGAUGCAAUUUUGAAUAUGUUUUUAAUGCAUGGAUAAGAUCUGAACAAAAACUUGGCACUUGCAGGAGACUCCUAUGCGUAAAGGACCAACUCCGAAUCAUGUAUUGCGCAGAAUCUCUGCUCACUUACGAUUAAUUUACAGGAGAAAGGCGCAUCUCCAUCUCACAGGAUGCGCGUCGAGCGCUGAAUGUUACUACAUAGUUCUGGGCAGGGGAUACCGAACUUGCGUAAAGAGCUCCAUUCUGCAAAAAUAUUGAAUGCUUGUUACUAGAAGGUGAGUGAUACAAUGUCGGCCAUACGGAGGAAAUUUGGAGAGGACUAUCAGGUGGUAAACACCAGUCGGGGUAUGACUUUUUCCGCACCGGUGAAGAAAAAGAGGCAGCGCUUUGUGGAGAAGAACGGCCGGUGCAAUGUCCAGCAUGGUAACCUUGGCGGGGAGACCAGCAGGUACAUCUCCGACCUCUUCACCACCCUAGUGGAUCUCAAGUGGCGCUGGAACCUACUCAUCUUCAUUCUCACUUACACAGUUGCAUGGCUGGUUAUGGCUUCAAUGUGGUGGGUGAUCGCCUACAUCCGCGGCGACCUGAGUCACGGCGGCCACGAAUCGUCCUAUACCCCGUGCGUCGCCAACGUGUACAACUUUCCCUCCGCGUUCCUGUUUUUCAUCGAGACUGAGGCGACCAUCGGCUACGGCUAUCGCUACAUCACGGAGAAGUGUCCGGAGGGUAUUAUCCUCUUUCUCUUCCAGUCGCUGCUGGGAUCCAUCGUGGACGCUUUCCUUAUCGGCUGCAUGUUCAUAAAAAUGUCGCAACCGAAGAAGCGCGCGGAGACGCUUAUGUUCAGUCAGGACGCGGUCAUUUCGCAGCGGGACGGGAAGUUGUGCCUCAUGUUCCGAGUGGGGAACCUGCGGAACAGCCAUAUGGUUUCUGCGCAGAUCAGGUGCAAACUCAUCAAGUCUCGACAGACUCCAGAGGGUGAGUUCCUGCCCCUGGACCAGUGUGAGCUGGAUGUGGGCUUUGGGACGGGGGCGGACCAGCUCUUCUUGGUGUCGCCUCUAACCAUCUGCCAUGAGAUCAACACCAAGAGCCCGUUCUUUGAUCUUUCACAGCGCUCCCUCAUGAAUGAGCAGUUUGAGAUUGUUGUCAUCUUAGAGGGCAUUGUGGAAACCACUGGGAUGACAUGCCAGGCGAGGACGUCUUACACUGAGGAUGAAGUCUUGUGGGGCCAUCGUUUCCUCCCUGUCAUGUCAUUGGAAGAGGGCUUCUUCAGAGUUGACUACUCCCAGUUCCAUAACACCUUUGAAGUUCCUACCCCUCCCUACAGUGUCAAAGAGCAGGACGAGAAAUCCUCAUUGACGUCACCCAACCCUUUGCCUGUUGCAUCCAUUUCCACUUCCCCUCUGUUAGGAAAUAGUGGGCGCGGAGGCCGCAGGGAAAGGCUCCUGUCAGCUGACUAUGCAGACCACAUAGAGGACCAAGCCUUCAGGCUGCCCAGCAAGCUCCAGCGCAUGAGCUCCACCAAUGAGGAGCACCUCUGGAGGGGGCUGAAGACGGGGUCAGCCUUGCCAGGGGGGAAGGCCUCCAGCACAGGGGAUCUAAUGCUUAGUAUUCAGAGGCUGAGAUCCAGCUCUAUUCCAGUUACAAAGCAAGGGCAGCUGGAGGAGCAGGUCCAGCUGUUGUCCUUGGAUGGAAAUGCUGAGGAAGGAGAGCUGGAUAAACACAGACUGCCUGCAGCCAUUAGCACCAUCACUACUACAAAUCCAACACCAAUCCAGAUCCCUUUGGUAGGGAGUCGGCCAGAGGACAAGCUGCCCCCGAAACUGCGUAGAAUGAAUGCUGAUCGCUGACUUCUGCAGACUUCCUUUGAGACUAAAAAGACAUUUGGAAACUGAAUCAGGCUUGAUGGACAUCGCAUACGGACUACUGUGAUUAUAAGUUUCUUUCCUGCAGAUUUUGUCCAGUAAUUUACAUUUGGGCUACUUACAGGCUUUAAGUUGUCCAUUGCCACAAGUAGGACACACCAAUAAGCCAUCCAUCCGCUCAUACUGUGAGUCAUUUUUGAAAGAUCACCAUCUGUGCCCCCUACUGCCUUCUAAGACUUCUGCUCUUGUGCUUGCUUAUUCCUCUUCUGUUUAGAGACUUUGUUAUUAUGUCACAAAACUACAUUUUUGUCAAUUAAUCAAGCACCAAAAUGGAGGUCAUUACAUCUCCAUCAAAGUGAAAUUGUCCAGUCAUAGCUUAGUGACCACAGCUAGGCGUUGGCAGGCCUGUCACGCUAUAGAUUUCCCCAUAUACCAAAGCGGUGCACUUGGGCCUAUAAUAAGAGUUAUAGUCAUAAUUGAAAUUGUUUGAAUGGUAGUAACUUUGUUUUAGCCAAGAACAAAAGAUUAAACUAUACAUUUGUCUACUCACUAAUAAUAAACUGAACAAAAAA